UUAACAUUUUUUUCUGUUUUUUUCUGUUUGUGUGUGUGUGUAUAAUAAAAAUUCCUUUAUGGACUCAUUACCAACAAUAGAUGAAUGCAAUGCGUGGAUCCAGGAACAUUGCCAAACGAUAUUGUCUUUUAUUGAGAAAGGGAACUUUGAUAUUAAAGAAACAGCACAGACUACCUAUGAUAGCACCAAAAUAUUAAUUAAUGCACUUGAUAUAUCUAAAAAAGAAAAGACUAAGCUAAUGAAUAAGCUCGAGCGAUACUCCAAAUUCAAACAAAAUAACAACAUGAUGAAGUUGUUGAUUUUAAACAUAAGCGAUAUAUGUUGUCAAGUCAAACAAACGAGAGGAGAGCGGGUUUAUUUAUCAGUGACAACAUAUAAUUUCUUACGAGAGGAGGAAAGAAUUCUAUCAUCAAACCAAUCUAGUUGUAAAGUUGACUACAAUUCUAUUUGGCCGGACCAAAUAGACGAGAAGGCUUGUUGGUUUAGAAAUUAUUUUGUUGGAAAGCAAUAUAUUACACUAAUUGGACCAAUCAUGGAUAACGAAAAGGAACUAUCAAUAAUAUCGAUUGUAAAAGAAUACGAAAGAGCAUCAAAUCAAAAGUCAGUCCUACAAUACAGAAUUAUUGUUCGUACCAAACAGGUAUUUUCAUGCAAAAUAUGCAUACCAUGUAUUUGUAUUCAAUCUCCCUCUUUUUUAUAGGAUAUCAAUAUGGGUUUUAUC